AUGAAAAGAGCAUCCCGUCUUGUUCAAGCGUCAUCAUCAUCACUAAUUGCUUUUCGUAAUCAAACAAACAAAAGCUUUCUUUCUCCAUUCACUACUAUGACCUCAUCAAUAGUGAUUGGACGUAGAGUAUCAUCCCGAUCAUCAUUGAAUUUUAUGGGAAAUAAUUACUGCAAUUUUGAUAGGAAUAUCUCCUCUUUGUAUCAUACUUGCUUGAAGAGCGCCGCAGAAGAUAGGAGUACAAUGGAUGGAUCUAGAGACAUGCACGGAACUACUGUAUUAUGUGUUCGUAAAGCUGGUAAAGUUUGUCUUCAAGCUGAUGGACAAGUUACUCUCGGUAAUGUUGUUAUGAAAGGAAAUGCUCGUAAAUUGAGACAAAUCGGCCAAGAUGUAAUUGCUGGUUUUGCUGGUUCUACUGCGGACGCCAUUACUUUGUUCGAAAGACUUGAGUCUAAGCUUGAAGAAUAUCCAGGACAACUGAUGAGAGCUUGUGUGGAAAUGGCUAAAUUGUGGAGAACUGAUAAAUACUUGAGGAAAUUGGAGGCUGUCAUGAUUGUGGCUGAUAAAAACAUUACACUGAUUAUUACUGGUAACGGAGAUGUUUUGGAACCAACAGAGGGAGGAGCUAAUGACAGUGUUGUCGGUAUUGGAAGUGGUGGUCACUAUGCUAUUUCUGCGGCGAAGGCCUUACUGGACGUCGAUGGCUUUGAUGCUGAAGCUAUUGCACAAAAAGCCAUGCUUAUUGCUGGAGAGAUUUGUAUUUAUACCAAUACAAACUUUACAAAACUCAUUCUCGAAGAGAAAGAUGGUAAACUUGAAAUUACAGAAAAGUAA